UGAUUUCAUGUGAAUCGGGGUGAGAGUUGGAUUUUGUUCACGUCCUGAUGAUUAAAGUCGUGAGAAAGCAUACAAGCCCCCCGUUAACCCUGUGUGGAAAACAAUAUCAUUUACUUUUAAAUUCUUGUGCGGAUUUAAUUUGAAACACUUAAACCAGAGGAUCGUGUAUAAAUUGGGCUUAGUUUCAUAACUUUGCUCAAAUUUUGUUUAAACUGACUCCUUUUAUCCUCUUUAUUUAGCAACUUUUUUUUAACAGAAAUGUGUUUAUACCGAAUAUCAACCAUAAGAUAUCGAGAAAAUAAUAUUACGGACACAAUAUUACCUGAGGUUUUCGUUUCUUUUUGCUUUGCUAGCGGAAACGGUUCUCAAAAUUCUGCCCUCACUUUACAGCAUGAGCUAGUUACCUCAUGAUGCCGUCAGCUAGCUACCUCAUGACGCCAUCAGCUAGCUACCUCAUGUUAAAGGUUGUUUCGGUAAAAUCUGCGUCGUUUCUUGUUUUCGUCUUCGUCGGACAAGUUUUCUUAUUUAUUUCACGUAUCAGAAGUGGAGAACACAAACACACGAACACACAGUAAAUUUAUACUACAAACAAAUAUUAUAUACUGUAUACCAAACAAAUUAGCAAACCGCUAACCAGACAAACUGCUAACUUACUGUUGUAGCUCUGUGAACUGUUGUACUUUGCAAGAAUUGAAGUUAUUUCUAGAAAUUAAUCAGAAUUAGCCACAUGCUUCAGUCAGAGAAGCAAAGUGCACACAAAUGGCAAUGUUAACUGUGUGAGUGAUUACCGGGUUGCUGGAAAUGUGCACAAAAUAUACUACCACAACAUUCAACGUAUAUGACUCAACGUAUAUGACUCAACGUAUAUGACUCAACGUAUAUGAAAAAAAAACAUUUUGAACGAUAAGAUGUGAUGGUGCUGUUUAUAGACACAUCAAUGACAUGCAUAUUUACUUAGUAAAGUCUUAUUUAAGGUCAUGGCCUGUUAUUCAUCAUUUCUAUUAAACCCAGUUGUGCCGCCGGUGUACAUUUUAUUACUGUGCAUACCACAGUGACAUUGUAAAACAUUGUCUUGUCUUUCAUCAUUGUUUUUCUUUUCUUCAGGGGAUAAUGUAGAUCUCAGGUUUCCUUCUUGCUGAAAAAUAACAGUGAUGAAAUAAUCACUCUGCGUCUCCGAGCCAGCUCACGGUCCGAGCUAAGGCUCUGGCUAAGCUCUUCCCUGUUUGGAUUGUUAACAAGGAUCAGGAAUUUGUAUUAAAAAGGUUAAACGCUAGAGUUGAUUAUUUUGCCGAAACUUUUGUAUCGAAUGCGUCCUUAUUGUCACCAUUUUCUAUUUCAAUUUGCAGCAGCUGAUGAGCGAUGGAGAGUGGAGAAGAAGCCAACAACUCAGUCUUUAAAAGUCCUAACUGUAACCACUCAGAGGAAUACAAAUUCACCACCUACACUGUGGUCUUCAGCCUGGUCUUUAUUUUUGGUCUCUUGGGGAACGUCGGCGCUCUGUACGUCUUUUGCAAGCUCUCGGUGAAGAAUCGUCUCUCGACCAUCUUUCUCAUCCACCUUGCUGUUUCAGAUCUCAUCUUCAUCCUGACGUUGCCGCUACGGAUCACCUAUUACUUCAGCAGCUUGAUCGGUUUGAAGGAAUUGUCACCCAGGUCCACGACGUCACAUUUGAACCUCGCUUGUCGUUUCUCCACCUUCUUGUUCUACAUCAGCAUGUAUUGCAGCAUCUUCUUUCUGACAGCUCUUAGCUUGUGCCGCUACCUGGUGCUGGCGGGUCGAGUCCGACUCCAGAACAGUGAGGCUUGCAAAUGGGCUCGUUUGAUAUGCUGGGGAAUCUGGGUCUUUGUGGUAGGUGGGAACAUUUUAUACAUCGGGAUUACAUCUGGGUUCAGCAUGCGGGCUGAGGGAUGCCUGGAACCAGCAGGAAAAGAGUCCUGGGCUUUGCUGUAUCAUCUCAACUUGGUGGUGCUGGUGACCUGCUUUUUGCUUCCCCUAACAGUGGUAUUGAUUUGCUACUCUCUCAUGAUCAGACACAUCUUGAAGAUCCAGGCUGGACAAAGACAGCGUGAUGUGGCUCUGAUCUGCCUGGCAUAUUUUAGACUGCUAUGAACCUGUGUAUAUAUUCACAAAACGGAAAAGCAAUCGCUGAAUGAAACUUGACCGAUGCACGACCGUGGCUGUGUGGUGCCUUGCGAUAGAUCGGCAUCCCAUCCAGCGUUGGUUCCCAGGAUAAGCUUCUUAUCUUCCACGACGGUAGCCGAAAUAAAGCACUUGAAUGAAUCUGAUGGAAUGAUGUUUGAAUUGUUUUAUUGUCUUUUGUGUUUUAUACACUUAAUCCUCUACAAGUACACAACACAUCCAUUCAAUACCAAACCAUUCAC